UGCUAUCUUGUAACCAUGAUUUGUUAUCCUGUAGCCAUGAUUUGCUAUCUUCUUGCCAUGAUUUGCCAUCUUGUAACCAUGACUUGUUAUCUAGUAGCCAUGAUUUGCUAUCUUUUAGCCAUGAUUUGCAUUCCAGAUUUGCAUCCUAUUACAACCACUUGCUUUUGGGCAUAA